AAACAGAGUUAAAAAAAAAAAAAGGAAAAAGGAAAAAAAAAAAAAAACACGAAAGAUUUUCAUCUUUCAGACCAAGAACACAACGGCAACUGAGAGCGAAAGCGAAACGCAGAUAUAGCGCAUCGGAGAGAGGAAAAAUAUAUAGAGACAGAGGAGAGAAACACUCAGAUUUUCUCAGAAAGAUUGGACAUUUGAGCUGCCAUUUUCUCGGCCUUAUACAAUCUGUACUGGAAAGGUCUUCACACGCUGUUGGAUUCCCAGCUCCAUAGCAUUUUCUCCUCCUUUUCUGUUAGUUCCCUAGUAUUCUCGGUUUUGAAUUGGAGCCAGGAUUGGAUAACCUUGAGGCGAAUUGCAGCAUGAGCAUCGACAACCCCGGAGGAGGGGAGGAUUAGGGUUUUCAAGGUUUUGGCCGAAGAGGAAUUGGGGGGAUUUCCAUGGGCGAUGGAGGCGUCGCAUGCAUGCAUUUGCAGCAGUAUCACAUGGAGAGGUUUCCAAUUCCAGAGAAGAUGCUGUAUGGCAACGGAGGCAAGAAUGGAAGCAAUAGCAACAACAAUGGGUUCAGUUCCAAGUCGCUUAACAUGGUGCAAAAGAAUAAGAUGAAGGUGAAGAAGGAGACAUUUGCGAAGAACGUGGAGGCCGAGAAGAGCGAGGGAUUGAAUAGAGGUAGAAAGAUUAGUAGGGAAGUUGAAAAUGGGGAAAAUUGUGCUGAGAAGGCGCAGAAGGAUGAGGUGGAAGAGGGUGAAUUGGGGACUUUGAAUGGAGAGUAUGUGUCUCGGAGAAGUGAAAUUGAGAAGGAAGAGAUUGUUGAGAAAUGGAGAAGAAGUGAGGUGCAGAAGGGAGAGAUUGCUUAUGGGAAAUGGAGGAAAGAGGGAGUGGAGAAAGACGAGAUAGUGCCGGAGAAGACUAGGAGAGGAGAAUCUAAAAGAGGGGAAUUCGGGUCGUGGAGAGGCACAAAAGAUGAGAUUGAAAAGGGAGAGUUCAUUCCAGAUAGGUGGCAUAAAGGGGAAGCGCCACGGGAUGAGUACAAUUGCGGUAAAUCACGCAGGUAUGAGUUGGGCAAGGAUAAGGGGAGUAGAUUUGAGCUCCAGCGUACACCUCCUUCUGGGAAGUGUUCUUUGGAUGAUGGUUUCCGAAGGAAAGGGCACAACAGAAGUGGAAGUCAGCUUAGCACAAGUACUCCCAUGUGGGCGAGUGGCCAGGAGAGGAGUACAAGGGUCAGUUCGAAAAUCGUGGACGAGGAAGGUUUGUAUAGGGGCGAGCGCAGCAAUGGGAAGAACCAUGGGACAGAUUACUCUUCUGGUUACCGGUUUAAGCGGUAUGGUGCUGACUCAGAUAGCAGUGGGUGCAAGUAUUACGGAGAUUAUGGGGAUUGUGCUGGUUCGAAAAGCCGUACGCUUUCUGAUGACAGCAACCGCGCUGCCCAUGCAGAUAAUUAUUCACGCCGUUGUUCUGUGGAGAGGUCUUACAGGAAUUUAGCUUCGUCGAAACUAACUUCAUCACACAAGUACUUCUCCAGACGUUAUGAAUCUUCCUUGUCUUCGAGAGUAGCUUUUGAUAGGCAUGCACAUAGCCCUGGACGUUCUGACCGGUCUCCACAUGACAGCGUCCGGUAUUCUGAGCACCGUGACAGGGUUCCUGUCCGUGGUCGUGAAAGAUCACCACGUGGUCGUGAGAGAUCUCCAUAUGGCUGUGAAAGGUCCCCAUAUGAUCGAAGUCGCUACCGUGAACAUAGAAAUCGAACUCCUACUCAUGCAGAGCAGUCUCCACAAAAUGGAGCUCGAAACCAUGAUCGCAGGGAUAAGACCCCGAACUAUCUGGACCGGUCCGCAAUUGAUAGUCGAAGGCCCGGUAGUCACCAGGAAGCAAGUCGUAAAGGUGGAACAGGCGAAAAGCGCAACUCUCAGAUUGUUAGUAGAGGGAAAGAAGAUAAACUCAGCCACAGGGAUUCCAACCGAAAAGACUCACAUUAUUCUGCCAAAGAGUCUCAAGAUACAAGCAGUGUCUAUAAUAUUUACGGGUCUAUAGAGAAAAAUUUGAACUGUGAGCCUCACAAAGAGGAGCAGACUCAGAGUCCAAGCACUACUUGCAAAGAAUCUUGUCGAGUAGAUGUGACUCUUCCUGAAGAGCUGCAAUCUAUGGAAGAGGAUAUGGAUAUAUCUGACACGCCACCACAUGUCCCUGUGAUGGCCGAGUCAUUUGCAGGGAAAUGGUUUUACCUUAAUUAUUAUGGCGUGGAAUGUGGGCCUUCUAAAUUAUGCGACCUGAAAACACUUGUGGAAGAAGGGCCUCUAAUGUCAGAUCACAUGAUCAAGCACUUAGAUAGUGAUAGGUGGGUAACUGUUGAAAAUGCAACUUCUCCACUGGUUGCUGUGAAUUUCCCGUUCAUUGUGCCUGACACUGUAACUCAGCUGGCGAAACCUCCUGAAGCUCCUGGUAAUCUUUUGGCUGAUAGUGGAGAUACUUGGCAAUAUGGUCCUCAGAGUAGGAAGGAAACAUCCAUUACUUUGUCUGAUUCAGUGGUUUGCACCGAUGACAGUGCAGAAGAUCUCCAUAUUGAUGAAAGGGUUGGCGCUCUUUUAGAUGGCUUUCCUGUCAUUCCUGGCAAGGAACUUGAAACUGUUGCAGAAGUUCUGCAAAUGAGGUAUGAACUUGCCGAAUGGGAGGGAUGCGGAAACUCUGAAGAGUUCUAUUGGCAUCAAGCUGACAGAAGCGAAGCUUCUGAUCAGAAAACUGAUGAAUUAUCUGGAAUUUCUGAGAUCAAAUUAAAAGAAGCUGCAGAAUCAAGGUCAAUUGCAACCUCUGAUAAGGAUCAUGGUUGUGUCUAUGGAGAAUUUGGUGACUGGUUUUCUGGCCUAUGGUCUUGCAAGGGUGGCGACUGGAGGAGGAAUGAUGAGGCUGCACAAGAUAGACCUUUCAGUCAGAAGCUUGUUCUCAAUGACGGUUUCCUGUUAUGCCAGAUGCUAAAGUCUGGGUGUGAGGACCCUCGGUGGCAUAAAAAAGAUGACUUGUACUAUCCUUCUCAUAGCAAGAGGCUUGAUCUCCCUCCUUGGGCUUUCUCUUUAUCAGAUGAGAGGAAUGGUUGCAGUGGCGCAAGCAGAUCAGUCCAAAGUAAGCCUACUAGUGUCAAGGGAGUGAAAGGGACAAUGCUACCAGUGGUGAGGAUAAAUGCAUGUGUCGUUAAGGAUCAUGGUUCAUUUAUUUCUGAUACCCGCAUGAAAGUCCAAGGGAAGGAGAGAUAUUCUUCAAGGUCUUCUCGGCCAUACUCUUUAAGUAGUGAUGGCAAGAGAUCAUCAGCAGAUUGUGAUUCUCAAUCAAGAAGGAUUAAUGAUCAAGGUUCACAAGACUCCUGGGAGUUCAUGGCAUCGAUCAACCCUCCAAGAGACCAUAUUUGCACAGUUGAUGACCUGCAACUGUAUUUGGGUGAUUGGUACUAUCUUGAUGGUGCUGGGCAUGCACAAGGGCCUUCAUCAUUUUCGCAGCUUGAGGUCUUAGCAGAACAAGGCAUUAUUCAAAAACAUAUUAGUGUGUUCAGAAAAUUUGAUAAAAUUUGGGUUCCAGUUAGCUCCGCUGCAGAGAGCUCUGAAGCCAGUGUCAAGAGCGAUCGGGAGAACAAUUCUGGGACUGGUGUUUCUUCACAAACUGUUUCAGAAUGUCAAGGUUCUGCCCUUGGUGAAUCUAAAAUGAAAGCAAGUUUCUCCCGUGACCUGCAUCCGCAGUUCAUUGGUUAUACACGUGGGAAGCUGCACGAAUUGGUGAUGAAAUCGUAUAAGAGUCGUGAGUUUGCUGCAGCUAUUAAUGAAGCCUUAGAUCCGUGGAUCAAUGCUAAACAGCCAAAGAAGGAGAUGGAGAAGCACAUGUACCGAAAAUCAGAAGGUGAUGCACAUGCUGCCAAGAGGGCCCGGCUGCUUGAUGAGAUUGAAGAUGAUUAUGAAAUAGAAGAGGAUAUGCACACAAUUCAGAAGGACGAGUCCACAUUUGAGGAUCUAUGUGGUGAAGCGACUUUUUACACACAAGAGAAUGCAAAGUCUGAAACUCAAAUGGGAAGCUGGGGUUUAUUGGAUGGUCAUGUGCUGGCACGGGUAUUUUAUUUUUUGAGAUCAGACAUCAAAUCCCUCGCCUUUGUUUCUUUGACUUGUAAACGCUGGAGAGAUGCGGCCAAUUUUUACAAGGAACUUUCAAGACAGAUUGACGUCUCAUGUUUCGGCCCUAAUUGCACUGACUUCAUACUCAUAAGUGUCAUGAGUGAUUAUAGCAAAGAAAAGAUAAAUUCAAUGGUUCUCAGGGGUUGCACAAAUAUUACCUCCGACAUGCUUGAAAAGAUUCUUCAUUUGUUUCCUUGUAUCUCUUCUAUCGACAUUAGAGGUUGCAGCCAAUUCGAGGAGUUGGCUCUCAAAUUUGCAAGCAUGAACUGGGUCAAGAGCCGAACUUCACGUGUUACGAAAUUCUUUGAGGAAUCACAGUAUAAAAUAAGGAGUCUUAAACAGAUCACUGCAAGAACUUCAUCAGUUUCCAGUAAGGGUCUGGGUGGUGAUAUAGAUGAUUUUGGUGAACUAAAGGACUAUUUCAAUAGUGUGGAUAAAAGAGACUCUGGAAAUCAGUUAUUCCGUCGAAGCUUAUACAAACGAUCAAAACUGUUUGAUGCCAGAAGGUCCUCAUCCAUUCUAUCAAGGGAUGCCCGUAUGAGGCGGUGGGCCAUCAAGAAAUCUGACAGUGGGUAUAAGAGAAUGGAAGAGAUCCUUCUUUCUGGUCUUAAAGACAUUAUGAAAGAGAAUACUUUUGAUUUCUUUGUGCCCAAGGUUGCUGAAAUUGAAGACAGAAUUAAAAAUGGUUAUUACUUUGGCCACGGAUUGGGAUCCCUGAAGGAGGAUAUUAGUCGAAUGUGCAGACAAGCAAUAAAAGCAAAGAAUCGGUGUGAUGCUGGAGACAUGAAUCAGAUUAUUCCUUUAUUUAUUAAACUUGCCACACGUUUGGAAGACCAUUCUAAGUCCUCCUAUCAAAGAGAUGAGAUGAUAAAGGCUUGGGAAGGUGAUUCACUUGCUGCUUCAAAGUAUAAGAAGAAGAUCAAUAAAUCUUUGACUGAAAGGAAGUACAUAAAUAGGAGUAAUUACAUGUCCUUCUCAAAUGGUAGUUUGGAAUAUGUAGAGUAUGCGUCUGAUCGAGAAAUCAGAUGGCGUUUAUCCAAAUUGAAUAAAAAAUAUAGGGACUCAGAGAGUGAAACUUCUGAGGACCUUGAUAAGUCUUCUGAAGAUGGCAAGAGUGAUGGUAAGACUACUGAUACAGAAAGAGAAAGUGACUUGGAUAUGUGGUCCAAGACUCGGAUGGCAAAGUCAAGAGGAGAUGGACACUUUAUGCCAAAUGAGGGUUUGGAUUCAAUCACUAGUGAUCGUGAGUGGGGUGCUCGAAUGACAAAAGCCAGCCUGGUUCCUCCUGUUACUAGAAAAUAUGAAGUCAUUGAUCAAUAUAUUGUUGUUGCAGAUGAGGAGGACGUCGAACGGAAAAUGCGAGUAUCUUUACCAGAGGACUAUACUGAGAAGCUCCAGGCUCAGAAAAGUGGCAUUGAGGAGUCUGAUAUGGAACUUCCUGAAGUCAAGGACUAUAAACCAAGAAAACAGCUUGGAUUUGAGGUUUUAGAGCAAGAGGUUUAUGGAAUUGAUCCUUAUACUCACAAUCUUUUGCUUGAUUCUAUGCCAGAGGAGUUGGAUUGGCCGAUACUCGAGAAGCAUUUGUUUAUAGAAGAUGUGCUCCUUCGAACUUUGAAUAAGCAAGUUAGGAACUUCACUGGGACGAGAAAAACUCCAAGGAUGUUUCCAUUGCAACCUGUCAUUGAAGAAAUUGAAAACGCUGCUGAGGAGGACUGUGAUAUACAAAAUGUGAGAAUGUGUCAGGGUAUUUUGAAGGCUAUAGAUAGUCGUUCUGAUGACAAAUAUGUUGCUUACAGAAAGGGUCUUGGUGUUGUUUGCAACAAAGAAGAAGGUUUUGGGGAAGAAGAUUUUGUUGGAUUUUUGGGAGAGGUUUAUCCUGCUUGGAAAUGGUUCGAGAAGCAAGAUGGGAUCCGAUCUUUACAAGAAAAUAGUAAAGAUCCAGCUCCAGAAUUUUACAACAUCUAUCUUGAGAGGCCAAAGGGUGAUGCUGAUGGUUAUGAUUUGGUUGUUGUUGAUGCUAUGCAUAAGGCAAACUUUGCAAGUCGAAUAUGUCACUCUUGUCGACCUAAUUGUGAAGCAAAAGUUACUGCCGUUGGUGGUCAUUACCAGAUUGGAAUAUAUACUGUUCGUAAUAUUAAAUAUGGCGAGGAGAUCACAUUUGAUUAUAAUUCUGUUACAGAGAGUAAAGAAGAAUAUGAAGUGUCAGUUUGUUUGUGUGGGAGCCAAGUUUGCCGGGGCAGCUACUUGAAUUUGACAGGCGAAGGUGCUUUUGAAAAGGUACUGGAGGAGUGGCAUGGAAUUCUGGACCGUCAUCAGUUAAUGCUAGAAGCUUGUGAAUUAAAUUCAGUCUCUGAAGAGGAUUAUCUUGACUUGGGGAGGGCUGGUUUAGGCAGUUGUUUGCUUGGUGGGCUGCCUGAUUGGGUGGUAGCCUACUCGGCUCGCCUGGUGAGGUUCAUAAAUUUUGAAAGAACAAAACUACCUGAGGAGAUUCUGAGGCAUAAUUUAGAGGAAAAAAGGAAAUAUUUUUCAGAUAUAUGUCUUGAAGUUGAGAAGAGUGAUGCUGAGGUUCAGGCUGAAGGUGUAUACAAUCAAAGGCUUCAGAAUUUGGCUGUUACUCUUGAUAAGGUGAGGUACGCUAUGAGAUGCAUUUUUGGUGACCCGAAGAUUGCGCCACCUCCUCUCGAGAAGCUGAGUCCUGAAGCAGUAGUUUCCUUUAUCUGGAAAGGGCAGGGAUCAUUUGUAGAGGAGCUUCUCCAAUGCAUGGCUCCUCACCUAGAAGAAUCCAUGUUAAAUGAUUUUAAGUCCAAGAUUCAUGCUCGUGAUCCAUCAGUUUCUGACGAUGUACAAAACGAACUUCAGAGAUCUUUAUUAUGGUUGAGGGAUGAGGUCCGAAAUCUUCCAUGUACUUACAAGUCUCGGCAUGAUGCUGCAGCUGACUUGAUCCAUAUUUAUGCAUAUACAAAGUGCUUCUUUAGAAUACGGGAAUAUAAGGCUGUAACUUCGCCACCAGUUUACAUUAGUCCACUUGACUUGGGCCCCAAGUACGCUGAUAAAUUGGGGGUAGGUUUUCAGGAGUAUUGCAAGACCUACGGUGAGAAUUAUUGCUUGGGACAGCUGAUUUUAUGGUAUAACCAGACCAAUGCGGAGCCAGAUUGUAGCCUGGCUAGAGCUAGUAGGGGUUGCUUGUCGUUACCUGAGAUUGGUUCCUUCUAUGCCAAGGUUCAGAAACCAUCACGGCAUCGCGUUUAUGGCCCAAGGACUGUGAGGUUUAUGCUGGCAAGAAUGGAGAAGCAGCCCCAGAGACCGUGGCCCAAGGAUCGAAUAUGGUCAUUCAAGAGCUCUCCAAAAGUUUUUGGCAGCCCGAUGUUGGAUGGUGUUCUAAAUAAUUCUCCACUGGACAGGGAAAUGGUGCAGUGGCUGAAGCACCGCCCUGUCAUAUUUCAGGCCAUGUGGGAUCGGUAAACCAUUGCAGAGAUUGGGGAAGCAGCAGGCAUCAUUAGGCUACACUUUGUGAAAUAUUUUAGAAUGAUUUGUCAAUUUUUGUUUACAGCUGCCCUUUUAAUGUGGGAAGUUGGUAAUCAUUCCAAAGUAUCAUUCAUUUUGUACUGCUUUUUCUCCUCAUUCGUGUACUGUUUUUCCUCACCUUUAAAAUUUCUAAUUCAUAAUUAUCCAUUUAGUAGCA